ACAGUUCUUGUGUGGUUUUCAAAAGACAACAAUAACAUUAAAAUGGCCAAGAUUUUGAUUGUCGCAUUGGCGCUAAUGGCUGUGGCGUUAGCCGCACCAGGUUACGGUGGCGGCUUCGGGGACGGCUACGGCGGGUAUGGUGGCUUCGGACCCGGCGGGCAGGGUGGCUUCGGACCCGGCGGGCAGGGUGGCUUCGGACCCGGCGGGCAGGGUGGCUUCGGACCCGGCGGCCAUGGUGGCUACGAACAGGGUGGGCAUGGUGGCUACGAACAGGGUGGGCAUGGUGGCUACGAACAGGGUGGGCAUGGUGGCUUCGAACACGGCGGGCACGAUGGCCACGAACACGGCGGUCACGGUCACGGACUUCACGAACUAGUUCACGACCAUGGUCACCACGGCCACGAACAUGGACACCACCAUUUGGACCAUGGGCACCACGGGCACGGUGGAUAUGAUGAUCACCACGGACACUAUUAAUUAGAUAAUCACCGAUUUCCAACUGACUGUAUAAAAAGUAUGAAGUGAUAAAAAUAUUAAUUAUAAGUAGGAAAUAAAUAGAAUACAGUCAA